UCUGUGAGCAUGCGUAGAACGAUUUGUUCGCCAUACUUGUUUUGGGAGGGAAGGAUUCGACCUUAUCGAGACUGAAAGGGCUGCUGUAAAAAUGAUAAACUUACACUCUUGACUUUGGAAACCCUUCACUGAUCAGUUGAAAGAAUACUCUAUCAUACUGGUUUACAAGAAUCUCGUGGUAUUUGUUUUGACAUAUUUUAAGGCUGACAAAACAUGGCGACCGUAAAGGUUGGCAUGAAGGUGGAAGUCACCGGGAAGGGGUUGAUCGGCACGGUCGCGUAUGUAGGCGCCACUCAAUUUGCUACCGGCAAAUGGAUCGGAGUAGUUCUUGAUGAAAAGAAAGGAAAGAACGAUGGCACAGUUCAAGGCAAGGCAUACUUCAGUUGUGAGGAUGGUUAUGGGAUAUUUGUUCGCCAGUCUCAAAUUAUUGUGUUAGACAGUAACACAAGUACCCCCCAGCAACCAGGCAACACAGGUAUCCCAAAACCUGGAAUCCCAACCCUUAGAAAAGAAAAGUUUGGAUCCAGAGGAUCCCUUGAGAAUGUUGCCGCUGAGUCCAAAAGCUCCCCGCCUACAUCCAAGAUCCAGAGCCCAAAAACUAGCACAGUGAGCCAGCCAACACCCCGUGGCACUUCUCUACCUGAGCCAAAAGUAACAGGCAGGACAUCGCUCCCAACAGCUUCAACUCCACCUAUAGAGACAAAGCCAGCAGUUCACGCUGAGAGGAAGCCAUCAGGCCCAAGUGUGUCAGCAGACGAAUUCUUGGAACUUCAGAAGAAGGUCUUAGACAAAGAUAAAGUAAUAGUGGACUUGGAGGGCAAAUUAGAGACAUUGAAAGCCAAGAGACUGGAAGACAAGCACAAGAUGAAAGACCUUGAGAAAGCCAGAAUGCAACUCCAGCAGAUGAUAGAAUAUAAAUCAAAAUGGCAAGAAGCCCAGAGAGAUUUGCAAAACCAGCUUACUGCAGCAAAAAAGGAGCUCAAAGAGGUGCUUCAGAGUAAAGACUCAGAGGAUCUAACUGAGCUUCAGGAGGCAGUAGAGAUGGCCACCCUCGACAAAGAGAUGGCAGAAGAGAGGCUUGAGGGCAUGAUGCAAGAGAAUGAGCAACUAAAGGAGAGAGUUGAAGAGUUGACCCUUGAUCUGGAGAUUUUAAGGAGUGAGAUCAGCGAAGGAGGUGUUGAAGGGGCGGCUGCAAAUGCACAGGUUAAACAACUUGAGCAGCAGAACACCAGACUGAAGGAGGCCAUUGUCAGGUUUAAAGAGAUUCAGAUGAGUGACAAGCAGCAGUUGCAGUCAUUACAGAAACAAGUCAAGGACCUCCAUUCUGCCAACACAUCACUACAAGCUGACAAGGACAAGCUCAUGGAGGAAGCAGAGCAACUUGAGAGCACACUAGCAGAGCUCAAGGAGCAGGUGGACACAGCUUUGGGGGCGGAAGAGAUGGUAGAGACCUUGACUGACAAGAAUCUGGAGUUGGAAGAAGAACUGAAAACACUGCGUGACACUGUGUCAGACUUGGAAGCUCUGAGGGACCUGAAUGAGGAGUUAGAGGAGACUCACCUUCAAACUGAACAGGACCUGAGGGAGGAGUUGGACAUGACUUCUAACAAAGUCAGGGAGGCUGAACGAAAGUAUGAGCAAGCUCAAGAUUCCAUUGGCGACUUACAGCAAACAAUUGAGAAGUUCAGGGAUUUGGUAGCUAAACUACAGGAGAGCAACAGGGAGAUUCAGGAAAAGCAAGAAGAUAGCGAGAAGCGGCUUAUCGAUCUCCCUCCCACCCCAGACAUCAUGGACUUCAAAGUCAAAUCAGCUGAGAUCAAGUCUCUUGCCAAGAGUGUGGAUAAUGAGAUGAGGAAGUUCCAGGUGCAGCAGGCAAAUGAACACAUCAAGAUGCUGAACAGCUUUUUGCCAGAUGCAUUCCUCAGAAGAGGAGGUGAUAAUGACAGCAUUCUGCUUCUUCUCCUCAUCCCUCGACUAGACUUCAAGACUGAGCUGCUCAUUGACCAGUUGAGACAAAAGUAUGAAUUAGCUGAUUGUCUGGAUGAUGUUCGGCUGAUAACUGGUCAUAAAGCUGAAGGACUGAGCUUUUCUAGCAUGGUUAUGUACAACCUCGCCACGUUACAAGCUGUAGUUAGACACUUUAGAAGGGCUGUUAGUAAAUGUGACCCAGCAUUGUUCAACAAGCUAGUGGGAAUCUACCCAGAACUAGCAGCACACGAGAAGGCUGUGGACAAACUGAUCGACCUGCUAAAAGCGGAUCAGUUGGAUGACACAGUUGGAAUGGAGCCAUUGGAAAAGGCCAUUCACUACUACUCGACGAUGGCACGUUUCCACCUUGGCAAUGACCCUAUUUCCUGUACAGAGUUUCUCAAUGAUCAGUUAAACGUCCUUAACGUAGCUGCAGAUGGAAUGACAGUCGAGGUUGAGCGGCUCAAGGGUUAUGCUUCUGGGAACUGUGAUAAUGGCAGCACGUUCAUGCAGCUAGUGUCUGAUAUGGAACUGCGUAACGUGGAAGUCAGACAGCUGUGCAAGAAGAUCAAGCGCAGGAUGCCACAAGAUGACAAGAGCAUUUUGUCCUUUGCAGAAAAGGUGCAGGUGUCAUUGGUUGAAUGCGUUCAACAACAGGGGCUGCUUCUCAAGUUCUGUCAAGAUUUAGUGUCAGUUGCUGCCCAGAAGGCCGCUACUCUACCAGAUAAUGAACACUUGUUGAGUGGUCAGCUUGAGGAGAUGGCAAUGGAUGUAGCAGUGCUUGUGUAUGAAAAAGAGGACGUGUCUGCCUACAAGGCGUGCAGCGAGACGUUUCACGAGGUGAUGUCAUUCCUGGCGGGCUUCGCCAUCAAGAUGCAGGAGGGCGAGUAUGAUGCACAGCCACCAGAACAGGAUACCAAGGUUCAGCCCCCUUACCUCGAGCGCUCCAAAGCGUUCAAGUCUGAGCUGUUUGACACGGCGGGAGUGGAGGAAAAACUACUACAGAAGGAGAGCAACGUUCGCGAAAUCAAAAAGACGCUCAAGCUCAAGUCGGAAGAAGUCAGUCAAGCGAACAUUAGGAUUGGACUACUGGAGAAACGAUUAGAAAACGCAUCCAAGGAGGCUGACGCCCGAGUCGAGGCAGCAAAUAAGAAAAUGGAACAGGCGAUGGAAGAGCUGCAGAAAAAGAAAAAGGAGUAUGAAGACACCAUGGACGAGCUGCAGGCGGAUAUUGACACCCUUGAGAAAGAGAAGGAGGACAUGAAGAAGCGACUGGACGCUUACUCCAAGCGCACUCUGCUGGCGGACUUGGCGCGGCACACUUCGGCCUCAUCUGGUAUCGCGGCUGUCGUCGCAGGUGGAGGUAAUCCCCUGAAGGGGGGCAGUCCUCUACGCGCGGCAGGGGCGGGACAGCAGCCGGUGCAGGUCGUCAUCAAAGACUCGCCAAUCAUCCUCGCACAGGUGGAAUCGUUAAAGAUUGCCCUGCGCCACUUGAAGAACGAAAAUAUUCGACUGAAGAGUCACAGACUCAAGAGUAAACUGAGCGAGUUGCCCGAGAUCUUCGUACCGCCAACCAUCGGCCCGCGCCACGAGGCCCUUGAGCAACAGAAUGACAGCCCCGAUACCAAGGAAACGCUCACCCUGGCAACUGUUACCAAGGAAACCAACUCCCUUUUAGAGAAAUUGCAGCGAAUGAGCGUUACACAAAAGGUCGUGGACAUCUCAGGGCGAAAGCCAGGGACUAUCCCUGUACUUGAUAAAAUGGCGCCGUCCAGUCACCUAAUUGACCACACUUCAACCCUGCUGCAGCUCAAGAAACAGAAGGAGGAGCUACAAAGUAAGAUCCAGAAGGUGAUGGCUGCCGAGUACCACGGAGGACAGGCCCACAGCUCUUUCUCGUCCUUCUUAUCUCCGAGCUUGGCAAAGGUUCUCCAAGAGAAACUGCAAGCUCCAAAGCUUGGACGAAUCACAAUUCCCGUCACGGGAAAAACAGAGCCUGCUAACAUGUCAGUCACACUCAAACCGAUGGAGUUCAAAAGCCUGCACUCAGUCUUUGUUAGCUAACAACACAGCCAAAAGGGCCCAGAGGAAAAUCUGCCUUUUCCGCAAGUUGUAUUUUUUCCCGGCCAGAGAUGAACAUUUCUUGAGGCCAUAGCGAAUCAGUGUCAAGAGAAGGUUCAUCUAACAUAAGGGGACAUUAAGUUAUUGGGGAAUACUGUAGAGAUUAUACAUAAGAUGGAUUCAAGAAAUUUGAAGAAAUACAAAUACUUGUCAGAGCUGUGGCAGGCCUAAAAAUAUUCGGGGGGGGGGGGGGGGGGCACGGUACAGAAAUAUUAAAAAAAAUAUUGGGGGCAUAACCACGCCCCUACUGGUCAUUUUCCUAUUUUUUAAAUAUAGGUGGGCACGUGCCCCAAGUGUCCACCCCCUGCCACGGCCCUAUGUUAUGUUAGGGGACAUAGUAUUGCUAUUAGUAUUAGUCGUAAGUUUAGUGGGUUGGCCAACCUAACCGCGGCUCCUGUGAGCAACACUAUCUAUUGUAUUGCUACAGUACCGUCUUAAUUGUGCCACAAUACAAAACCAAGAAGAAA